AGUCACGGGCAAUCACCUUCGCGUGACGGCCGACCUUUGCCGCGGAUCGCUAUUUGAUAUUUUUUUGUUAACAACAAUUACCUAAGAUAGCUAAGGUUUUUCUAUAUUAAAAACAUUCUUCACUAGUGCGCAAAUGGAAAAAGUACACGAAUAGGAAUUGUGAAUAUUGAAACAAAUAUUAAAUCGAAUCAUGGCACCAAAUAGCAACAGGCAGCAGACCAGCUUCCCGAAUCUCCCAUAUCCAUUGUUGCGUGAUGACGAGCCAAAGUCAGGACAACAAUGGAUAGCGUCUAAGCGAAUACAAGAUGGCGCUGAAGGGUUGUGGAGGAUACAUGAUAGUCUUUACGAUUUGACAGACUUCAUAUCCUCCCAUCCAGGCGGAUCUCAAUGGCUAGAAUAUACUAAGGGCACAGAUAUAACGGAACAAUUCGAGACACACCACAUAAACAGCGUCGCCGCUGAAAUCCUUCCUAAAUACUUUAUUCGCAAGACCUCUGCGCCUAGGAAUUCUCCAUUUACGUUCAACGAAGAUGGUUUCUACAGAACACUGAAAAUUAAAAUAGCUACAAAGCUCAAAGAUGUACCAAAGGACGCAAGGAAAAAGAGUGACUUUGUUAGUGACGUUCUAUUUAUUUUAUUGUUAAUUGGAAGUCCUUUGUGUUGUUGGACUUGGACACAGCAUUUGUUAUUGGGUGCUCUGUCAACGGUUGCUCUUGGUUAUUUGCUGAGCGCCCUAACAAUCUGCGCUCAUAAUUACUUCCAUAGAUCUGAUAGCUGGAGGAUGUAUCUAUUCAACGUCAGCGGAUUUUCUUACGCGGACUGGAGAAUAACCCACGCAAUGUCACAUCAUCUGCAUACAAAUACAGCGCAAGAUAUUGAGCUAAGUCUAGUAGAACCCUUCCUCCAAUUCCUGCCAAACCCAAAUAAACCAAUUUGGGCGCAAAUGGCUGCGUUUUAUUAUCCGAUCGUAUUUGCUUUCACUUCAUUGGCUGUUCUGAUAAAAGAACUUGUUCUUGGCUUCACCGAUCAUCACGAUAAGAAAUUUUCCUGGGCAAACAUAAUUCCAUUUCUACUACCAGUCUGGAUGUGGAUGGCGAGCGGUUUAUUUCUUCCAUGGGUGAUUGCUGUUUGGAUUGCCACAGUAAUGAUCAGUAGUGAAAUCUUCAUGAUCUUCGGUUUAACUGCUGGUCACCAUUCUCAUAAUAACUUCUUUGAAGGCGAUAUUCCUAGAGAAGAAUACCUUGACUGGGGCAUUCAUCAGCUGGAUACGGUCAUUGAGAGAGUCGAAUAUGCAGGGAACCACUUUAAAUCCUUGACAAGGUUCGGUGACCAUGCCUUGCAUCACCUAUUUCCAACACUGGAUCACGCGGAGCUCAAGUACCUGUAUCCUACUCUACUUGAACACUGUGAGAAAUUUGAAAUGCAAUUACGUAUGACUAACUUCUACGAAGCCCUCAUAAGCCACAGCAAACAAUUAAUACGGAAACGACCACACGAUUUUAUUAAAAGAAAACUCAUUUCAUAAUAAAUUGCAAAGAUUGUGGGGGCUUACGGCGUGUCGUAGGGAUUUUAAGAGAAUCAUUCAAUUACAGCUCAAGUUUUUUUAUGAAUUAUGAUAUUUUAACAUAGGGACUGGAUAAAACAUUAUACGUAUUAUAUCAUAUGUAUAUAAUAUCAUAUAUAAAACUAUGAAUUGUGCUUUUCUAGAUAUUAAAAACUCUAAGUCAUUUGAUUACGUAUGUUUUUUCAUGUUGUAUACGUAGUAUAGCUAUUUAAAAAUUAUAUAGGUGAAAUUAUUAACGUAAUUGUUUCAAAUGGAUUUUGGUGAUAAACGAAUUAACGUGGUUAUACUUAAGUAUUUAAUUAUAUAGAUUUAAUUCUAAGCAUUUAAGAAACAAUUACUUAAUUUUCCUUUACCAUUGAAUUAUAUGUAAUUAAACAAUCGUUUCAUUUAUGUUCAUUUAAAAUAUUCAUAGCACUGAAAUGGUCUCUAAUUAUAAUGUUAUUAAUGAAUACAGAGUUUACACUCUGCUAAUUUUCUAUAUGGUCAAUAUUUACCUCAUUAGAUGCAAUAUGGACGUAGAACGUGAUAAAUAAAGUUAUUUUAUAUUUUUAUUA